CUGUCCUCUUUCUGUAACUCUCUUUCUCAGGUUUCUCUUUCGCUAUCGUCAUGAGUUCUGGCAAGAUCAAGAUCGGAAUCAAUGGAUUUGGAAGAAUCGGUCGUUUGGUAGCGAGAGUCGCUCUUCAAAGGGAUGAUGUUGAACUUGUUGCAGUUAAUGAUCCUUUCAUCACCACGGACUACAUGACCUACAUGUUCAAAUAUGACAGUGUUCACGGUCAAUGGAAGCAUCAUGACAUCAAGGUCCAGGACUCGAAGACCCUUCUCUUUGGUGAGAAGCCAGUGGCGGUUUUCGGUGCCAGGAAUCCAGAAGAGAUCCCCUGGGGUGAGACUGGUGCCGAGUUUGUUGUUGAGUCAACUGGAGUGUUCACUGACAAGGACAAAGCCGCAGCCCACUUGAAGGGUGGUGCCAAGAAGGUUAUCAUUUCUGCCCCGAGUAAGGAUGCCCCCAUGUUUGUUGUGGGCGUCAAUGAGAAGGAAUACAAGUCUGACAUUGACAUUGUCUCCAAUGCUAGCUGCACCACAAACUGCCUUGCUCCCCUUGCCAAGGUUAUCAACGACAGAUUUGGCAUUGUUGAGGGUCUUAUGACCACUGUCCACUCCAUUACAGCCACUCAGAAGACUGUUGAUGGGCCAUCAAGCAAGGACUGGAGAGGUGGAAGAGCUGCUUCCUUCAACAUCAUCCCUAGCAGCACUGGAGCUGCCAAGGCUGUUGGGAAGGUUCUGCCACAAUUGAACGGGAAAUUGACUGGAAUGUCUUUCCGUGUUCCCACCGUUGAUGUCUCAGUGGUGGAUCUCACUGUGAGGCUUGAGAAAAAGGCAACAUAUGAGGAGAUCAAAGCUGCCAUCAAGGAAGAGUCAGAGGGUAACCUGAAGGGCAUCUUGGGAUACACCGAGGAUGAUGUUGUCUCCACCGACUUCGUUGGUGACAACAGGUCGAGCAUCUUUGAUGCCAAGGCUGGAAUUGCCUUGAACGAUAACUUUGUGAAGCUUGUCUCCUGGUACGAUAACGAGUGGGGAUACAGCUCUCGUGUGAUUGAUUUGAUCGUCCACAUUGCCAACACCAAAUAAAGUGCUUCCAAUUCUUGAGAUGAAGUGAAAUGGAAACCGUCUAUUCUUCAAUGUUGGUGGAUGUGUAGUCCUCUUGUGUCCAUGGUGUAGGUUAGAUCAUGAGUU